AUGGCGAUGAUCUUGAAUGUGGCGUUGCAUGUCACUUAUGAUGGAGAAGAUUAUCAUGAAGAUGGAGAAAGAUCAAUGGGACGAAGAAAUAAAGUCUCCAUUUUGUUCAGUGCAUCCAGCCGCACCGGUCUGUCUGGCGGAUCAAUUUUUGCUGGUGGACCAUCAUGGACGAUUAAACUUGGAAGAAGAGGGACCACAACUGCAAGUUUAAGCUCAGCUAAUGCGCAACUCACUGGCUUUGUAGAUAGCCAUGAUACACUUAUUUCGUUGUUCAGUGCCAAAGGGUUGAGUGCAAGGGACAUGGUUGCUCUUUCAGGUUCACAUACAAUUGAGCAAGCACAAUGUUUCACAUUCUGCACUAGGAUUUUUAGCAAUGCAAGUGAUAUCAAUGCUUGCUUUGCUACUACUCGAAGACAUCAAUGUCCAGCUUCUGAUGGGAAUUCAGAUCUUACACCUCUAGAUUCGGUGACGCCUAAUUCUUUUGAUAAUAACUACUUCAAGAAUCUUAUUCAGAAGAAGUGUCUUCUUGCAUCAGAUCAAGUACUCUUUAGUAGAGGAUCCACUGAUAGCAUUGUUGAUGAAUGCAGUAAGAACAUUGCAAAAUUGAAAUAUGAUUUUGCACCUGCCAUCAUAAAAAUGGGAGAUAUCAGCCCUCUUAGUGUUUCUCAAGGGCAAGCUCGAAAGCAAUGUUAUGUUGUUAAAUAA